ACAUUAGAGAUGGCUAAAGGUGACCCAAAGAAACCUAAAGGCAAAAUGUCUGCAUAUGCCUUCUUUGUACAAACAUGUCGUGAAGAACAUAAGAAAAAAAAUCCUGAAGUUCCUGUCAAUUUUGCAGAAUUUUCAAAGAAGUGUUCAGAAAGAUGGAAGAAUAUGUCUGGGAAGGAAAAAUCCAAGUUUGAUGAAAUGGCAAAGGCUGAUAAAUUGAGAUAUGACAGAGAGAUGAAGGACUAUGGACCUGCUAAAGGAGGGAAGAAAAAAAAGGAUCCCAAUGCCCCCAAACGUCCGCCGUCUGGCUUCUUCCUAUUCUGUUCAGAAUUUCGCCCCAAGAUAAAAUCUACAAAUCCUGGGAUAUCCAUUGGGGAUGUAGCAAAAAAACUUGGUGAGAUGUGGAAUAAUCUGAGUGAUAGUGAAAAGCAACCAUACAAUAAUAAGGCAGCAAAACUGAAGGAAAAAUAUGAAAAGGAUGUUGCUGAUUAUAAGUCCAAAGGAAAGUUUGAAAGUGCAAAGGGAACAGCUAAAGGUUCCCGGAAAAAGGUUGAGGAGGAAGAAGAGGAGGAAGAAGAAGAGGAAGAAGAGGAGGAAGAAGAAGAGGAAGAUGAAUAAAAUUAUAUAUUUGUCUUAAAUUCCAUGGAGUUGGGGAAACACUAAAAUACCUUUAUUGAUACAGUGUCUACUGCAUUACUAGCAUUUAACUUGUAAAAUUGGAAACAGGUAGUCUGGGUAUUUUACCUAUUUAUAUAUCAUGGCUGUGGGUGUUAGGAGCACCUUGAAACUGUAUCAGUAUUGUACAUAUUUCAAAACAUUUUAAAAAUGAAAAGGAAAUUUAAUGUUUUCCCCCUCUCUAUGCACUUUGCGAUUGGUAAAACAAAGCAUUUAAAAAAGUGUUACAGAUUUUCAUGUGUGAUAAUUAUGGUUAUUGGUUAGAAAUCCCAGGUUGUAAACUUAUAUUCUCUCUCUAUAUGGAGGGGAAGAAGUAUGUACAUAUCUCCAUAUACAAUAUAAAUGUAUACCUGCGUGUAAUUACACACACGUGUGUGUAUAUAUAUAUGUAUGUUUUUGUGUUGGUAUGUACUAAACAAAUUGUCAUAUUUGGAAUUAUGACAACAUAAGAAAGGGGAAAUUAAUUUAGUUCUUUCAUUAGGAGACAUGGCCCAAAGCAUGCACUGUUAGAGUAGCUUUAUACAAUGUCCAUCUAGCUUAAAAUUGUCAUUUGGUAUAUAGUGAAAUAGCAGUCUGCUGCCAUUCUUAAAUGUGGCAAGGGGGUAGGGUUUCAGCUAGCAUGAAAAGUUUUGAUUAUGAUUGUUAAAUGCUCUUGUUUUAAAAUGGAAACGUUUUUUAAAAACUUAAGGGACAAUGCAGCAAUGGAAGUCAAAACAUUCUGUACCUAAUAGGAAAUUUGAAUUUUUUUUGUAUGUUUAGGAUGUUAAAAUGUUUUCCACAAUAAAUAAAACAGUAUUAACAUUUUUAAA